AUGGAUAUUGAACACUGGCGCCGGGCAUUGCAGGGACUUUUGAAGAGCACAUCUCUGCAGAUCCAGCCUGCCCAUCUUCGCCAUAUUCUACAGACUGUUCGUCUUUCAGUUCAACAUCCUUCAGUGUCAUUGGAGGAGAGGAUACAAGAGUACCAAGAGAUUGAGAAACGUUUACAAAUCUUGCAAGUAGGUCACCAAAGACAACUUCAGAUAUUGCAAGAAGUGAACAGUAAUUUAGAGAACCUCGUAUUGUCAAUAGAAACUGUAUCUAAAGAUACUACGACAGGUGUUUCUGAAGAAGUUAUGGUGAAUGAGAGUACAUUAGAAAGAAUGAACCGCGUAUUAAAGGUCGCUACUGAACGUCUUGAUAAUACUUUGACAAGUACACACCGCAUUUAG